AGGGUGCUGGCGCCCGGGCCUGGUGCUGGGGGUGGGCCCGGGGCGAGCCGGAACCCAGGAGCGGGCGGGCUGGCGGAGCAGGACUUGCGGCGCUGGGAGCCGACCCUGAACUCGACCCGCGUGGGGAGAGCCGAGCUCAGGAGGCGUCAGAGCCGGAGGCGGAGGAGUGAAGUCAGGGCUGAGUGGGCGGAAGAGAGCCUGGGCAAAGGCAUGGCCACUUAUCACCCAGUAGGACACAUGCAACUGCCCCGGGCUGAUGCCAUUCGUUCCCGACUCAUUGAUACUUUCUCUCUCCUUCAGCAUCUGCACGGCUUGAGCCAAGCUGUGCCACGGCACACUAUUCGAGAGAUACUUGAUCCUUCCUGUCAGAAGAAACUUAUGUUGGGAGAUCAACACCAGCUUGUGCGCUUCUCCAUAAAGCCUCGUCAUGUAGAAAGGAUUACACAUGCCCAGAGACUGAUGAGCACCCUUCGAGUGCGCUGCAGCGAGAGUCCACCGCUUUCCUUGUGGGCUGGAUGGGUCCUUGAGUGUUCUCUCUUCAGAAACUUUAUCAUCUUCCUCAUCUUUCUGAAUACAAUUGUACUGAUGGUUGAAAUAGAAUUGCUCGAAUCCUCAAAUACCCAACUGUGGCCACUGAAGCUGACUCUGGAGGUGGCAGCUUGGUUCAUCUUGCUUGUUUUCAUCUUGGAGAUGCUUCUUAUGUGGCUAUCCAGCUUUUUCCUCUUCUGGAAGAAUGCCUGGAAUGUCUUUGACUUUGUUGUCACCAUAUUGUCCCUGAUUCCUGAGGUUGUGGUGCUGGUAGGGGUAACAAGCCAUUCCGUAUGGCUCCAGUUGCUGAGGAUCUGCCGGGUGCUAAGGUCUCUUAAACUCUUUGCACGAUUCCGUCAAGUUCGAGUCAUUAUUUUGGCCCUGGUCAGGGCCCUCAAGAGCAUGACCUUCCUCUUGAUGUUGCUGCUCAUCUUCUUCUACAUUUUUGCCGUGGCUGGUGUCUACUUCUUCGAGGAUUACACCCGUUCAACUCGCCAGGACCUGGAGUAUCACAUGUUCUUCUCGGACCUGCUGAAUUCCGUAGUGACAGUGUUCAUUCUCUUUACUAUGGAUCAUUGGUAUGCACUGCUUCAGGAUACCUGGAAGGUGCCUGAAGUCAGCCGUACCUUCAGCAGCAUCUAUGUCAUCCUCUGGUUGUUACUUGGUUCCAUUAUCUUUCGAAACAUCAUAGUAGCCAUGAUGGUUACUAACUUCCAGAAUAUCAGAAAUGAGCUGAACGAGGAGAUGACACACCUGGAGGUUCAGCACAAAGCCGACAUAUUCAAGCGUCAGAUUAUCCAGAGGAGACAAAACCUAAUCCCUGAGGCACAGAGGUCAAGCGUUAGCAAAAUGGAUGCCAGAGAUGCCAAUCAACAAGGGGAAUCUUUGGAAGAGUCCAAACACAGUGCCACUAAAGAGAGUUCAAGAGCAUCUAAGUCAAAAACAAAGAAGUCCUUGUCAAAAGUGAAGAAGUCUGCAUCUUCCUCUUCCUCCUCAUCUUCAUCUUCCUACUGUUCCUCUUCUUCUGGCUCCAGAUAUUAUGACCGUAUUGGUCAGUUGGACUGGGAGACUCUUGUGCACCAGAAUCUGCCUGGGCUAAUGGAUAUGGAUCAGGAUGAACGUGUUGUUUGGCCUAGGGAUUCACUCUUCCGAUACUUUGAGUUGCUAGAAAAGCUGCAGUAUAACCUAGAGGAGCGUAAGCGGUUGCAAGAGUUUGCAGUGCAGGCACUGAUGAAUUUUGAAGACAAGUAAAGCUGACAGCGGAUGGCUUCGCUAUCUUUGGCAAAAAUUAAUGAAGGGAAGUGUUGGAAAUGGAGAAUUCAAAGUAUAAAUGUCUAAUAAAUCCUGCUGAUAAUUGUACAGUGGUCUGUCUCUGAGACAUAGGGGAUACUGAAAGAUAUUAGAUCAGGUGAAAGUUAGUUCAGAUGCCAGUGAGGCCCAUGGUCCUUGGCUUUCUACCCUUUCCACAGCUCCUGAAUCUCUCUCUUUCUUUGGCUUUGUCACUAUAGCCCCCACCUUUUCUAUAGCAUCUACUUCCUGCUAGAGUCCUAAUUUCACCUUCUCCCUCACUGGUGGGUACAGGACCCUGGGGGUUGGGGGUAAGGAGACCCCAGGAGCUGUGAGUGUAACUAAUUGAGAACUGUGGUUUACCUUGCUACUCUAAGAACAUUGCUUCUCCUGGGCACCGUUAACUUCAAUCAAACAUCAUUUUCAUCUGUUUCUGUGCCAAAAGAGCCUCCCUUUAUUCCAUUUCCUUGCCUUUUCUGAGGGCAUUGAUUCUGUUCUGUAGGGGGCGGGGCAAAUCAGUAUGUCCCACAGAUUUUUUAGAGUCAGUCUAUCUCCUGUCAGAGUAGGAACACCUUUUAUAUAGAACAUCACCGAAAGGGGAUUAUCCAAUGUUUUAAUGUUUCUAGUUACUGUUGACUUAUUAUCUAGAGGGCAUCAUGUUCCAUUGUUGGAUGACUCAAGUCUUUAGACAUGUUUAUUAUUAAAAAUUCUAUCAUUUAUUGAGUGCUUAACAUAUAUUAACAUACACAUGUAUGAAGAAUACAUGAAACACUGAAUGGUGUUCUUUAAAAUGGUAAAUUUUAUGUGAAUUAGAUCUCAAUUUUUAAAAUAAAGUAAGAAAAGAUUAUUUGAAACCAAUAACCAACAUUAUGUUUCAAGGAAAAGCAUUUUAGUUAUUCCCCAUAAAAUGUGGGACAAAACAAAAAUAUUUUAAAAAUAAAUGUCAAUAUAUAAUGUUGUAUUAAAAUCUUAUAAUAAGAAAUAAAUACUUGGAAAGAAGAACUACAAAUACUAUUUUUAGACACAAUUGUAUACCUAGAAACCCCAAAGGAAUCAAAUAGAAUUAGAGAUAACAAAGAAUUUCCAUUAAGUACAAAUAGAAGAAUUGAGGACUGGAGAGAGAAAACUGGGAAGGAGGACCACUUAAGGGAUAGGAGGAGGAGGAGCCAGAAAAAAGCCUGAGAGGGAAGAACUGAAGAGACAGGAGGAUAAUCAUUCUAGAGUAAUGUCCCUAGAAUUUCAAGAAAGGAAUGGUCCAGUAAGAUUUGGAUUGGAGCAUCCAUUGAACCCAGCAAUCAGAAUACAAUAAAUAUAAUAAAACAGAAUAAGGAAGUAUUUAAUAAAUCUUACAUGUGCUAUCCACAAAGUAAAUGCUCAUGGAGCAAUAUCAUUGAGUGGCUUUGCUCAAAGUGUGGUCUGAGGACCAGCAGAAUUGGCUUCAUCUGACUUGUUAGAAGUGCAGAAUCUCAGGUCCCAUCCUCAGGGCCUGUUGAAUCAGGUGUUACAUAUGCACAUUAAAGUUUCAAAAAGCACUGCUUUAUAGCUAUGUGAUGACUGAUCCCUUCCUGCUUUCUGUAGUUAACCUUCUCAAAUGAAUGGCCCGUGCAUGCUGCCUCAUUCUUUAACUCCUUCCUUAACGAAAAUGAUCUGGUUUCAAUUCUAUUGGAAUGGAAUUUAUUCAACAAAUUUGCAUUUUUCCUAUGUUCCUAUGUUCCAGACACUGUUAUAGGUGUUUGGAUAUGUCAAUGAAUGAACAAGACAGAGAUCCCUGCCAGUUCUAACUAGCUCCCCAUAAGAUCCCCAAGUAAUAAAUAACUUCCAUGAAGACAGUGAUUUUACCUCCCUCUGUUUUUUUCCCCAAAUUAUCUUUCCAGCAGCCCAGAGCCGUGUAUUAACAUCUGCUUAAAAACAAAACCAAACUUUUUUCUGACUAAAUAAAAACAUUUUAAGGUCUGAGGAUCAAGCCCCACUGGCAAUGAAUGCAUUACUCCUCCAGCUUCCUUUUUUAUCCUUGCCCUAACCUAAUAACCCUGCUAUAACUUUUACCAGUCUUCUCAAGUCAAGGAAGAGAUUCAGGCUCUAUGCCAGGUAAGUAUGAAGCUUCCUCAGGAGCAUUUUGGAAGUGAAGUUAUGAUUUAGAUAUUGUGAUACAAUUGAAUUUUUUCACAUAUGGUUUGUAUUAAGCUUUUAUUUUGGAACAUGGUUUCCCCCUUUGAUCUUCAGUUAUCGCUCACACUGUCAAAUAUCAAUGGAUGGAUACAUAACUUUUUUUUAUGUAUGGUGUUUUAUGUAAGGUGUUUCUGUUUAAGGACACCUUAUUUAAUAUAUAUUGUUGAUUCAUUAGCAUUGACCUCUGUCAACAACACUAUAACUCAUGCUUGAAUAAAGUUUAUCAAACACACGUUUUCUCUGUAAGGUGCAUCACAGCCUUCCUGUGCUUAGGAACACUAGAAAGCACUUCAGCACUACGCUGGGGGACCAUUUUAAACGGUGAAAUCACCAACAAAAAGCACUAAAAUGCUAAAAUUGUGGCACUAAAUAGAUCAUGAAAAGGACACUGAUUUACAGUAUGAGAAGAAGGUGGAGUAUUGCCUUGUUUCCCAUCCAAGCACUAACCAGGCCCGACCAUGCUUAGCUUCCGAGAUGAGAUCGGGCACAUUCAGGGUGGUAUGGCUGUAGAGGAGUAUUGCCUUGUUUGAACUCAGCUGGGAAUGUACACAUCAGUCGACUCAAAUUUUUUACCACUCUGCAGAUGUCUGUGAAGGAUUGUGAAAAUGCCAUAGGUAUUGAUUUUGGGGUCACAAAUAAAUUUUAGUGAGCGGAGGAAUCUACACCAGAACUCAAAAAUGAGAAUUUACUCUAAAUGCUGUGUGAUAAUCUGGAGCUUUAGGCUAGUUGGCCUUAUGACGCUGCCAUCUCAGUGUGUGGUUUCUAGGUUACCUCAACAGGGAAGAGAUUGCUGGAGCAAUCAUUCACUAGCUCUUAAAUUCUUUCGUCAUUCACUAUCCAUUAGCCAGAGCUAAUCACCUGACCCCACCUAAUUGCAAGAGAUCUGGGGACUGCUUGGAUCCUUAGUGAGCAAUAUAUAUCUAUUUUUAAGUUACAAAAGGCAAACCAAAAAGGGAGAAAAACAAUUGCACUUUACAAAGGGAGGCCUCUGUUCUAGUCAGACAGAAAGUGCCCUGUGGUUGAUUUGGGAGGUUGAGGAUGCUUCAGAUUUCUCAACUCCUUUGGCUCCUUGCAAGUAUCUCCAUUCCAAUUGCCAGAUCACAGAGCAUUCCAAUCACCCCACCAAUCUCAUCCAUUUCACUUUAGCAACACACAUGAUUAAUAUCGUGCUCUGGACCCCCGUAAUUUCAGUUUGUUGGCUCUGGUUUUCUCUCUUUCCAUUUGCUCAUCUGAGGAUUGGAACUUGUCUUGCUUUUGUUGAACCUUACCAUAGUAUAAGCAGUAACUUGCUUGUAUUGAAUAAGGCUGAUAUCUUUGCUAUAAAUCCUAAGCACUUCAUCCUCAGUUGGCAGAUAGCCUGAAUCCUUGGCAGCCACAGGAUUGCUUAACCUGAUUGCUCCAUCAUCAUGUGGAGUGCCAAGAAUUUCCCCUCCUGGGUUGAGGGAGUCCUCAUUGUUCCCCUCUCUGCUUGAUUCAGCUAGCUCCAUACUUGUUCUAAAGGUCUUUCACUCAAGACACUACUUCUUGGUGACAAUUUCUGUAUUAAUUAGGACUCUUUAGUUUCAAAUAAAAGAAUU